AUAUAUAGAUAUUCCCUUUUCCUUCUCAUUCAUUGAACCAACACUUUCUUUCUCUUUCUUGUUUCUCUCUCUCGUUACCUUUUUCGUAGAACGCAGGGAGUCUUUAUCAGACUCUGCCCUCUCUUCGAUUUCCCUAAAUUUGGUUUAUGAGCUCGAAGGAGAAACCCACUCUCGGCGGCACGCGGAUUAAGACCCGCAAACGGAAUAUUGCAGCGCCUCUGGACCCUGCAUCAUUUUCGGAUGCAGUGGUCCAGAUUUAUUUGGAUAAUGCUGGUGAUCUGGAACUUAUUGCUAAAAGCAUUGAAUCUUCAGACCUUAAUUUCUCUAGAUACGGUGACACCUUUUUUGAGGUUGUCUUCAGAGGGGCACGUACACAACCUGGCACAAUUAAACUUGAUGAGGGGGAGCGCCAUCCUUACUCUAUAAUUGACUGUGAGCCUAAGCGUGAAGUCAUCUUGCCAUCGGUCAUAUAUAUACAGAAGAUCUUGAGGAGGAGGCCUUUUCUUAUAAAGAAUCUUGAAAAUGUUAUGCGAAAAUUCUUGCAGUCUUUGGAACUUUUUGAAGACGAUGAAAGGAAGAAGCUUGCAAUUUUCACUGCACUUGCUUUUUCUCAGAAGUUGUCCGGUCUCCCACCUGAGACAGUUCUCCAGCCACUACUCAAGGAUAACCUUGUUGCCAAAGGGCUAGUUCUCUCAUUCAUCACUGAUUUCUUUAGGGAAUAUCUGGUGGAUAAUAGUCUUGAUGACCUGAUUUCAAUCUUGAAGCGGGCUAAAAUGGAGGAUAAUCUUCUGGAGUUUUUCCCAUCUGCAAAGCGAACACCUGAAGCUUUCUCUGAACAUUUUAACAAGGAAGGACUUCUACCAUUGGUUGAGUAUAAUGAGAAAAAGUUAUUUGAGGUGAAGCUCAAGGAAAUGAAAUCUGCCCUUACAAGCCAGAUAGCAGAGGAAGCUGACAUAUCUGAAGUCAUAGAAACUGUCAAACAGCAUGUGAAAGAUGCUAAAUUUCCAGAUAUUGAUGUUGUGCGAAUUCUGUGGGAUGUCUUGAUGGACGCUGUGCAAUGGUCUGGAAAGAAUCAGCAGCAGAAUGCUAAUUCAGCUUUGCGUCAGGUAAAAACUUGGGCAGAACUGCUGAAUACCUUCUGCACCACUGGAAGGCUUGAGCUCGAACUUAUGUACAAAGUUCAGGUCCAGUGUUAUGAAGAUGCUAAACUGAUGAAGUUGUUUCCUGAAAUAAUAAGGUCCCUUUAUGAUCAGGAUGUUCUUGCAGAAGAUACCAUUCUUCACUGGUUCCGUAAAGGAACAAACCUUAAGGGCAGGCAAUCAUUUGUGAAGGCACUCGAGCCAUUUGUGAAAUGGCUCGAAGAGGCAGAGGAGGAAGAAUAAGUUGAUAAUGUUGUAAUCUCUUGCGUUGCCUGUUUGCUUUAGGUUGUUGGUUAUGAAAUCAACUCAUCCUGUUUGCUUUAGGUUGUUGGUUAUGAAAUCAACUCAUCGAAUGUUGUUGUUCCUAUUCAUAUGGUUGAACGUCUAUGGAUAUUGUUAGUCUUGACUAAAGUGUGCGUUUCCCUUUUCAUAUCAACAUGUAUGGAUGGGCGUUAGUUUUGAUGAACUUUAUCAUAAGAUUCUGUUGUGUGUGUUGGUGUAGCUGCACACCAAAAGAAGCUAUGAAGUGGAAAACAGAAAUUUGAUGUGAGCUAUUGUCAUA